AUGACAUUCGGAAUCCUUGAGGACAGCAAGCUGGCACAUGUGCCUGGCACCGCGCAGAUUGAAGACAUGUUGGGCGACGGCCUCAACAUCACCGACGCCGCUGCUGCAAACUUGAAGCACGCAAAGGGCAAGAAUAGUCAUAUCAUUCUCAUUCCGCAGCCGUCUGACGAUCCAAACGAUCCUCUGAACUGGUCUACCCUCCGUCGCGAUAUUCUUUUUCUCAUUCACUCCUUUGGCUAUGUCAUCAACGUCGGAGUCUGUGGCCCCAUCCUCGCCGCCGGAACUCUGGUGGAAGCCGACGACCUUGGAGUCACCAUCACCGACAUCGCUCUUCUCUCUGGAUACCAGCUCCUCGUGAUCGCAUGCUGUGGCCCCAUCCGGCCUCAGUUUGUCACUGCUUCUCUCUUCGGACUCAUCGGAACCAUUGUCUGCUGCACCGCGAGCACUUACAAUACUCUCUUGGCAGGACGAAUUAUUCAGGGGUUCGGAAACGUUGCCUACGAAAGUAUUGUUAUAUCUCUUAUCGGUGAUCUUUACUGUCUCCAUGAACGUGGUCUGCGUCUUGCGGUCUUCAACUUCUGCUUCGGCGGUAUCAACUGUUUCACCUCCGUCAUCACUGGUCCUAUCGUCACAAACUUGGGAUGGCACUGGGUAUUCUACAUCGACGUCAUCUUCGUCGCUCUGCAGUGCUUCCUCGUGUGCUUCUUUGGCACCGAGACAACCUACAUCAGGGACGCCAAAUAUGAACUUGACGUUGCUGGCGAUGAGUUCUUUGACGACCUGGAAAAAAUCACAGCCCAGCACCUCGAAAGCGACUCCAAGCCUGCCGCUGAGAGUGCUGCGACUACUAUCGAAGACGCAGAGAAAGUUGUGCAGGACAGCGCACAGAGUCUGAUCCCGCCGAAAAAGGCAUAUCUGCAGUCCAUUAUGCCUUACCAUGGCCGUGUAUCAGAUGAGAACCCUAUCAUACUUAUCAUCCGUCCCUUUGCCGUCUUUCUCAAUCCGGGGAUGACUUGGAUUAUCAUCGCAAUGUCGAUUCCAAUUGCAUGGAUCGUUAACAUCAAUUACUGCCAGUCACAGCUUUAUGGGGCUCCUCCGUACAGCAUGACCCCCGAACGUGUCGGCUUCAUGUCUGCUGGUCCCUUGAUUGGCGGCUUCGUGGCCUCUCUCUUCUUCUUUGUGAUCAACAACCCCAUGACCCUCUGGAUCUCCCGCAAGAAUAAAGGCAUCUUUGAGCCCGAGUUCAAGCUACCUGUAGGUGUCAUCCUUGGAACGAUCUGCUUGGCAAUCGGAUGCUUCGGCUUUGGCAAUGCGUAUCGGAACCGCGAAUCUGCUGUCGUUGCCUCGGUCAUGUACGGUUUUGUGUGCGCGGGCUCGACGACGAUGGCCAUCACCGCUAGCAACUACAUGAUUGACGCCUACCGGGAGUAUUCAGUUGAGGUCAUAAUCGCGACCAUGUCUCUCAAAAACUUUAUCUUCUACGGUUUCUCGUACUUCUUCAACACCUGGGUCGCUAGCUCCGGUCCUGAUCUCGUCUUUGAUAUUCUGGGAGCUAUUGCGGUUUUCACAUCGCUGUUCCUCAGUAUCCCGAUAUAUAUUUACGGAAAAAGAAUACGGAGCUGGUGGCAUCGUGCUAGGCUUUUGGAGAAGCUCAAACUUGCGUGA